AUGAAUCUCAUUUUAAUUUCAAGUCUAUUUACAAUAGUUUUUAGUGGCAAUAUUGAACAGACAGUAUUACGUGGUAUACCAACUUCAUUACUACCUAAAUAUACUUUAGCAAAAACAUUUCUUUGUCUUGAUGGUUCAUCGACUAUACCAUUUGAAUUUGUAAACGACGAUUAUUGUGAUUGUCGAGAUGGUAGUGAUGAACCAGGAACAUCUGCUUGUCCAAAUGGACGAUUUUUUUGUGAAAAUAAAGGCUAUAUUGGAACAAUAAUACCUUCACAUUUUGUUGGAGAUGGUGUAUGUGAUUGUUGUGAUGGAACUGAUGAAUAUGAAACAAAAAUUGUUUGUAAUAAUACAUGUUUUGAAUUGGCUCAAAAAACUCGUGCUGAACGUGAAGCACGACGAGCAUUACAUGCCGCAGGUGUAGCUAAAAAAUUAGAAAUUAUUUCUAAAUCAGUACUUAUUAAAUCUGAUCGAGAAGCACGUCUCCGUGAACUUGAAGAAGGUUUACAAAAAGUUGAAGAUGAAUUAAAAGGAAAAGAAGAAUUAAAACAACAAGCUGAAGCUCCUGAAAACGAAGCUAAAGAUAAACAUCAAAAAUUAUGGGAAGAACAACGUGCUGUACGUGAAGCUAUUGCACGUGAUAAUCAAAUGCAUGAAAUGUUUGCUGAAUUGGAUGCUAAUAAUGAUUCUUUGGUAUCAAUUGAAGAAUUACAAAAACAUACAGAACUUGAUAGUGAUCAUGAAAAUGAAUUUACAGUUGAAGAAGUUCGAUUAAUUCUUGGUGCUGAUUCGGUAAAUUUCGAUGAAUUUAAUGUUACUGUAUUUGAUCAAAUAUCAAAUUCAUAUAAAAAAUUAUCAGAACAAUCGUCCGAAACUCCUGUUGAUCAUGCUGAUGUAGCUGCAACAACAGAAGCACAAUUAGAUCAAAUACAAGCGGAAGCUGAUGAAGAAACAUCUGCUGGUGAAGAUGAAUAUGAACAUGAAGAGGAACAACAUGAUAUAACAACACCAGUUGCAACAUCACUUGAACAUGAAAAACAUAUUCAUGACGAUACAGUACCAGAAUAUGAUGAUGAAACAAAAAAAUUAAUUCAAUUAGCUGAUCAUGCUCGAAAUGAAUAUAAUGAAGUUGAAGGACGAGUUCAGGAUAUUAAACGACAGAUUGAUGAUUUAAAACGACAAUCUGACGUUGAUACAGGACCUCAUGGUGAAUAUUCGGCAUUUAUUGAUCAAUGUUAUGAUUAUGAAGAACGUGAAUAUACAUAUCGAAUCUGUAUGUUUAAAGAUGCAAAACAAAUAUCAAAAGGUGGUGGUAGUGAUGUAACAAUUGGAUAUUGGGAAGGCUGGACUGGACCAGAAAAUAAUAAAUAUUUAAAAAUGAAAUAUGCAAAUGGUGCUACAUGUUGGAAUGGUCCAGCUCGUUCAUUAACAGUUACAUUUCAAUGUGGAACUGAACAUAAACCGAUUGAUGUACGAGAACCAACACGAUGCGAAUAUUCUAUGAUAUUUGAAACACCAUCAGCAUGUGAUGAAAGAAUUGCAACAGCUACAAUGCAUCAAGAACAUGAAGAAUUUUAA